AUGAGAGCUAAGUGGAGAAAGAAGAGAGUCAGACGACUCAAGCGAAAGCGCCGCAAGGUCCGAGCUCGAUCCAAAUAA